UUAACAUAUCACAUGAUGAAUCAAAGUAUAAAUGGGCUAUUUUUCAUUUCUUACUUAUAUUUAUUUCUUGAUACUUAGCUGUUUGAGAAGCUGUUCAAUAGAAUUUUUUUCUUCAUUCUUGUAUUUAUUUAUAUUGAAAAUGUAUAUUUUAAGGCAUCUAUCGAUGGAAUCAUCGCUACUGUUUUUUUUGACGGUCACCUUGAUGUUUGCUGGUGACCAUUGCUUCUCUCAAUCCAUGUCCUGUAGCACAGUCAAUGGCAAAACGAUUUGCGAAAAGCAGAGUAGUGCUGGAAACACGGCUGGGGCAUUCUCGAGUUCUUCCUUCGGAACAAAUGGUGCUUUACAAAAUGCAGCUGCCGCAACAGGCAAUAUAUUUUCAGGCCUAGGAAAAUCGUCCGUUGCAUCAGCUGAUAAUCACAUUGUUAGAAGAACAGAAUUUCCAAAUUUCUUUCCAAACUUCAAUGUCCAACUUCCAAGAAUGUAUGUUCCUGGUCAUCUAACUGGUGCUGGUGCCAGUGAUGCCACAAGUUAUGGUUCUAAUACCGGCACUGUCGGUUUUAGUACAAGUGGCUUUCAUGGCAUUAGUAAUAAUAAUGGAAUUCCUGGUCCUGCUUUUGGUGGAUAUGCUGUUGCUGAUUCUAGUGGCAAUAGUUAUUAUGGUGGCGGUAAUGUUAAUGGUGGUGGUUAUGGAUAUGGUUACGGUAAUAUGGAUGUUAAAAAAAUUUUUGAAAGCACCGGUCUCGGUGCUGGUUUCCCUUUCAAUGUUUUUGGAAGAAGACGUUAAAUCAAGACCGACGAUAGCACUCUGUCGGUCGAGAAACGAAACUGAUCGUUAAAAUGUAACAUAUCUACUGAAAAUAAUUUGUGAAUUGUUUGCAAUCUGAUGUCUCAAAAAAUAUCGUCCGAGUUUAAUGUGUCUUUAAUUAUGAGAUUAUGUAACGAAACCACUUCGUUUUUGUUACUUCUGAUAAUGAAUAUAUAAGAACUGUUAAAACUGA